UUCUUUGCCUUCCCUCUUCAGCAAUUUCCAGGUUCUCUGUCCAUUUUGUUUAUACGCGGCACCAGUUACGAGAACAUGGCGAACGACAAAGUCAACGAACUGAUCAAACUGCAUGCGCUCCUGACCGAGCUUGGUCUGGAGAAGACCGUCACCACGCUGAUGGCCGAGGCGGCCCAGCUUGGUACCGAUAAUAAGCAGGUCCAAAAGUUCCUGGAAUCUAUCCUAAUCAAGGAGGGCCAGAUGGAGGUUGACAAGCCAGAGGACCAGAAGGCGAAGAAAUCGAAGAAGGAGAGCUCGUCGUCUAGUUCUUCUAGCUCAUCCAGCUCGUCUCGAGCUCGUCCUCUAGCUCGUCCUCGAGCUCGUCAAGCUCUGAGAGCGAAGAUGAGAAGAAGAAGUCAGGUUCUAGCAGCUCUUCGUCGUCGUCGUCGUCAGUCAGUCAGCAGCAGCAGCAGCAGCAGCGAAUCUGGAAGCGAUUCGAGCUCUAGUCUCCAGCUCCUAGCUCUGAUUCUGGUAGCUCUAGCAGCGAUUCGAGCUCAGGAUAGCUCCAGCUCUGAUUCUGACAGCUCUAGCUCAGACUCGGAUUCCGAUAGCUCAAGCAGCGACAGCGAUUCGUCGUCGUCGUCGUCGUCGUCGUCGUCAGACAGCGAUUCGUCUUCAUCCUCGGACUCGGAGGACGAGAAGAAAAAGGAUGAGCCCCCAGCAAAGAAGCGGAAGGUUGAGUCGGCACCUGCCCCAAAGCCCAAGCAGGAGGCUGUCAUUGCCCAGAAGGCUGCUCCGGCAAACACAAGCAGCGGAUUCCAGAAGCGCGGUACUGUCGCCCAACGCGCCCAAGGUACCGACAACCGGUACAUGAGCAAGGGCGGUGUUGAUGGCGAUUUCGGCUACAAAGCCCACCGCGACCUGAUCGUGACCCGCGGAAAGGGAUUCACCAAGGAGAAGAACAAGAAGAAGCGCGGGUCGUACAGCGGCGGCAAGAUCACCAUGGAGUCGCACUCGAUCAAGUUCGACUAGUGCCGGAUGUGACUUUUUCACUCUGUCGCUUGCCUCCUCACCCUCCCUAUACAACUACUUUGCACUAAAAAAUACUCCAAUACCAACCUUCUAC